CUAACUAAUACAUUCAUAAAGAAAAGAUAAUAUAUUUGGAGCUAUACACCCAAAGUAUCCACCUUCUGAUCCAUAAUGUCUUCUGCAACAAAUUCUGAAGAGAACCCAGUUCCCAGAACCUCUCCACCUUCUUCUGCAACUCCAAUUCCCAGCUCAAUAUGGCCAGCAGACCUUGUGGGCAGCGUUAUUUGGGAGCUGAAGACACAAAGGCCAAUAGUUCUCCCUUUACUAGCCAUGAACCUGACUUGGUUUGCCAAAACAGCCAUCACAACAGCAUUCCUAGGCAGGCUUGGAGAGCUUCAGCUAGCAGGCGGGGCACUCGGCCUAACAUUUGGCAACGUCACGGGCUUCUCAGUCCUAAACGGUCUCUGUGGUGCCAUGGAGCCUAUCUGUGGCCAGGCCAAUGGUGCCAGGAAUUUCAAGCUUCUUCAGAAGACACUAAUCAUGGCAAUCCUCUUGUUGUUGGUAACCACAAUCCCCAUAGCUUUCUUGUGGCUUAACGUCGACAAGAUCCUCAUCCAUUUUGGGCAACAGGAAGACAUCUCGGUAGUUGCCAAACAUUAUCUGUUCUAUCUUCUCCCUGACUUGUUGAUCAUCUCUUUCCUCUGUCCUCUCAAGGCCUACUUGAGCUCACAAUGCGUCACUAUCCCCAUCAUGCUCACCUCGGGUUUAGCCCUCGCGUUCCACAUUCCAAUCAACAUCGUGCUCUCCAGGACCAUGGGAAUGAAAGGAGUCUCCAUGGCAACUUGGAUAACUGAUCUUCUAGUUGUGACCUUGCUCGGGUUAUACGUGUGGGUGAGUGAGAACAGAAAGGGAGUAAAGUGGAAGGAGGGGGGUUGGCUUGAUCAGGAUCUCGACGACUGGCUCAGGCUGCUGAAGCUAAGCGGACCAUGCUGCCUCAGCACCUGCCUUGAAUGGUGGUGCUGGGAGAUUCUUGUGCUGCUUACAGGCCACCUGCCAAAUGCGAAACAGGCAGUAGGCGUGUUGGUCAUCGUCAUGAACUUUGAUUACUUGCUCUUCUCAGUGAUGCUAUCUGUAGCAACUUGUGCUUCAUGUCGGGUCUCAAAUGAGCUUGGAGCAGAGCGGCCCACAGUUGCUUCGAGAUCGGCAUUCGUGUCGAUGGGUUUAGGCGUGGUUCUUGGGCUGGUUGGGAGCUCAUUGAUGGUGGCGGCUCGAGGGAAGUGGGGUGCUUUGUUCAGUAGUGAUGUAGAGAUCAUAAGAGGUGUGAAGAAGACCAUGUUGUUUAUGGCUGUUCUAGAGAUUGUGAAUUUCCCUUUGGCUGCUUGUGGGGGCAUUGUGAGAGGAACGGCUAGGCCUUGGUUGGCGUUGUAUGCAAAUGUUGGUGGGUUUUAUCUUGUGGCUCUGCCUCUUGGAGUGCUUUUGGCGUUUAAAGCGGGGUUUGGACUAAGUGGGUUGUUGCUAGGAUUCUUGGCUGGGUUGACUGCCUGCUUGAUGCUGUUGCUGACCUUCAUUGGUAGGCUUGAAUGGGAAACUGAAGCUGUUAAGGCACAAAAGCUCGCCUGCCAGCCGAGUGAUACUGGGGAAGGAGAUGAUCGCCAGAUGAGAGAUCAGACAGUUCAAGUAUGAGAGAGUUAAGAUUAGUUUAGACUCUUUCAAUCACUAGAAAUGCUGUCAUGAAAGUGAAAUCCAGUAUUUAUUAGGAUCUUACAACAUUCAUGCGAUAAUGAAAGGAAAAUUGAGAUCAUGCUUUAACUUAUAUCUUCUUGAUGAGCAAGAAUUGAAUGAUGUUUAUGAAUUCAAUCAUGAGAAAGAAUUAAUGAUACAUGAGCUGUUCCAUUCCUGAUUAUGAAGAGUACAACAAUGACAGGAUGAUAGAUUUUGCUGUCAACCCUCUAAAAAUCCAGGUCCAGCGCUUUUAGAAUCCAGCUCUUUCGCUUUCUCGUCAUUGAAACCCAGUGUAGCCAAGAUCUUGUGGCCCGGGGAAUCAGUUUCUGACCAAAUGCCGAGUAGCACAUCACUCGUAGUUAUUUCCCCACUGACGCCUGUAAAUUCGAAGCCCAUUACACAGUUAGCAUGUUACUUCUGCUCACUCACCGGAUAACUGGAAAUAUCCUCAUAGCAGACUAAAUUCUUAAAAUGAAAGUGCUGAUACGGU